AUGCAGCACAAUUGGUCGUGGCUGCCCCCUCAAAGGAGAACAACACCGCCGCGCAAUGGACCGAGUCCCAGGGAACUCGAGGGCGUUGAGGUCCUAGAAGAAGGCGGCAGCGACCUCCUAGAAGCAUCACACCGUCACUUUACCCGCUACUUUGCGCACGACAAUCAGGAAAACGGAGGCCCCCAGGAAUUCUUCCCCCUUCCCCCCGGUGCUUCUGACGAUGAUAAUGAUAAUGAUAUGAUGGAUGAUUCUGAAGCUGAAACGGAGAUAGCGAGCGUUGUGGAUUUUGACGAUGACGUCGAAGAAGAAAACGAUGAAGACGCCGACAUUACCGGUGAUGAAGAUGGCGACACGGGUGUGGAAGAGCAUGGUCAGGAAGAAGAGCCGCCCUUUGAUCCUGCUUCGGUCGGCUUGAAGGAGAUCAGUAAUCUGGCUAGUUUCACCGUCAGCAGCUACAAGCCAGGAUGCGGCGUGAAAGAGCUUCGGGAUGAUGACAUUCAUCUCUUUUGGCAGUCAGAUGGACCACAACCCCAUCGUCUCAACAUCCACUUCAUCAAGCGUGUAGAGAUCCGUGCCUUGCGACUUUACCUCGACUAUGAGCUUGACGAGAGCUACACACCAACAAAGAUACAAAUCACGGCUGGAUUCGGCCCCAAUCUGACAAUACCGUUCACGACAAUGGAGCUUGCAAUGCCUAAAGGCUGGAUCGAUGUGCCCAUAGCCGGAGCUGGUGGUGGUGCCGAUGGCAACUCGCUCUGCUGUUGGUUCGUGCGUGUCAUUAUCCUGGAGAAUCAUCAGAAUGGAAAAGAUACACACCUACGUGGUAUCAAGGUCUACGCCCUUGACGACAAUGCGGAUACGGCGGAGAACAACGCAUUGGAGGACAUUGUGGAUGCCAUUGACUAUUAUGAUGAAAAAGAGAGGCGCAAGACCGAGGCCGGCCGUCAAACUCGAAACUUGACACUCAGGCCCUUUACACCUGGCGAUGGAGGUUUGAGCAUUCCGGAUUUUAUGAGAGAGCCAGAAAUUCGCUGA